AUGAAGAAGCCUGAGCCGGGAACUCAGCUGGUUUCCAAGGCAAGACUAAUCGUGAUGCUCAACGAGAGGCCGGGCAUCCUAUUGGAGCGCUUCCCCCACCACGUGGAUAACAUCCUGCGAGCCGUGGCCAGGAUGAAGACGGAGAGUGAUGUGGGCAUGACCCUCACGGAGUUCCGUGAGAACGCCGGGAGGGUGCUCCGGGAAGCAGGGGGCGGCAUCAAAUGA